CGUAACGUUGCUUGAAAAUAGUCAUCAGUUAAAGAACAUUACAAUAAAUAAAAUAUAGAAGUCACUUUCUUCUAUUCAAAGGUUAUUGUUCCAAUGUUUUCUAAACAUUAUUUAUGUAUAAAUAUGUGCCGCACAUAUGUGGUACAAAGAAAUAUUUCAUAUUAUGGUUCUUUAAUGAGUCGAUCCAUGCAUCUUUUGAGAGAUCAAGCAUAUGUAAAUGGAAAGUGGAUAGGAGCAAUCAAAGGAGAAACAUUUCCUAUUUAUAAUCCAUUUGAUAACUCUAUUAUUAAUAAUGUUCCUGACAUGAAUGUUGAAGAUACUAAAUUAGCAAUUAAUGCAGCACUGGAAGCUUUUGAGUUAUUUAGCAAAACAACAGCAAAGGAACGAAGUGACUUACUUAGAAAUUGGUACAAUUUGCUGGUAAAACAUUCAGAAGACUUAGCAGUUAUUUUAACCAAAGAAAAUGGAAAAUCUAUUGCUGAAUCUAAAGCUGAAAUCAAAUAUGGAAAUUCAUUUGUUGAGUGGUUUUCAGAAGAAGCUAGACGAAUUCAAGGAGAAAUAAUACAACCACCACUACCUAAUAGAAAACUUCUGUUAUAUAAACAUCCAGUAGGUGUUGCUGCUUUAAUUACACCAUGGAAUUUUCCACAUGCUAUGAUUACACGUAAAGCAGCUGCUGCUUUUGCUGCUGGAUGCACAUGUAUAAUUAAACCAUCAGAGGAAACACCUCUUACUGCUUUGGCAUUAGCUGAUCUUGCAGAAAAAGCAGGUUUUCCUCGUGGAACAUUAAAUGUAAUUACAACAAGUACAAAAAAUUCUCCUGCUGUUGGUAAAGAACUAUGUAAUAAUUUUAAUGUUAGAGUUUUAUCAUUUACUGGUUCAACAGCUGUUGGAAAAAUUUUAUAUCAACAGUGUGCUUCAAAUAUAAAACGACUUAGUCUUGAAUUAGGAGGCAAUGCAUCAUUUAUUGUUUUUAAUUCGGCAGAUUUAGAUUUAGCUGUAACAGGUGCUAUGGCAAGUAAAUUUCGUAAUUCUGGUCAGACAUGUGUUUCUGCAAAUAGGUUUUUUGUACAAAGUGCUAAAUUUGAUCAAUUUGUAGAAAUGUUUUUAUCAAAAAUUAAAAGUGAAAUUAAAAUGGGUGAUGGUAGUAAUAAAGAGACUACACAUGGCCCUCUCAUUAAAGAAAGUCAAUUAAAUAUGGUACAUGAAUUAGUUACUGAUGCUAUACAAAAAGGAGCAAAAGUACAUUGUGGUGGUACACCAUUACCUGAGUUAGGACCAUUAUUUUAUGCUCCUACACUUGUAACAAAUGUUACUGAGAAAAUGAAAAUAUAUAACAAGGAAAUUUUUGGUCCAGUAGCUGUUAUUCAUAAGUUUGAAACUGAAGAUGAAGUUAUUCAAAAAUCUAAUGAUACACCUGUUGGUUUAGCUGGAUAUUUUUAUUCCCAAGAUAUAUCACAGAUAUUUAGGGUAGCAAGGAAAUUAGAAGUUGGAAUGGUUGGGAUAAAUGAAGGUAUUAUUUCCACUGCAGAAGCUGCUUUUGGAGGUGUUAAAGAAUCAGGUUUAGGAAGAGAGGGUUCUAGGCAUGGUAUUGAUGAUUUUCUUGAAAUAAAAUAUGUAUGUAUUGGAAAUAUUAAGUAUUAA